CAGAAGGACCCGGCUCUGGGGCCGGCGCAGUGGCCGCAUUCCCGAGCCCGACGGCGCCCGCUCGCUCCCCGUCUGCCCGGCCGGUCGGCCGGCCCUCGCCGCGAUGCCUUAGGGCCCCGUGGGCCGCCCCAGAGGGCUCAGUCCCGGUGGCCAGCGGCCCCCAAGCAGCUCGCAUGCGCUCAGCCUCAGGCUCCCGCUGACGUACCUGGGAACCUCGUUCACCGGCCCCCGCCCAGCAUCCUUGCCGGCAGUGCCCUCCACCCCGCCGAGCCAUGGAGGCCCCCGAGGUCCCCGUGGGCUCGCUGAUUGACUUCGGGGCCGGGGCCAAGCCAUCCACCUCCUCGCCCCUGGAGGUGCUGUCUCCAAAGCUGCAGGACGGGGACAGCUCCCCGGGCGAGGGCGCGUCGGAGAGCGAGACCACGGAGUCGGCCGACAGCGAGAACGACAUGGGCGAGUCGCCCUCGCACCCGUCCUGGGGCCAGUACCGCCGCUGCUCUUCCAGCGAGUCCUUCUCCUCCAACCAGAGCACCGACUCGGCCAAGGAUGAGGAGCUGCUGGAGCUCCGGGAGUUCAUGCGCGGCUACGUGGAGAAGAUCUUCUCCGGAGGGGAGGACUUGGACCAGGAGGAGAAAGCCAAGUUCGGAGAGUACUGCAGUAGUGAGAACGGAAAAGGCCGGGAAUGGUUUGCCCGGUACGUGAGCGCCCAGCGCUGCAACUCCAAGUGCGUCUCGGAGGCCACCUUCUACCGCCUGGUGCAGUCCUUCGCCGUGGUCCUAUUUGAGUGUCACCAGAUGGACGACUUUGGGCCUGCAAAGAACCUCAUGACCAUGUGCUUCACCUACUAUCACAUCGGUAAACCACACCUGCUCCCCUCCGAGUUCAAGGAGAAGCCGGCCGGGAGCAUCGACUCCUACUUGAAGUCGGCCAACAGCUGGUUAGCGGAGAAGAAGGAUAUCGCCGAGCGGCUUCUGAAGAACACGUCGGCCAAGACGGAGAACGUCAAGGGCUUCUUCGGGCUGGAGACCAAGCCCAAGGGACCCCUGGCCAGGAGAAGCGAGGAGAAAGAGGACAAGCCCCAGGAGAAGCCGCGGAAGACGGUGACCGUGUGCAGCCCAGAGGAGGAGAGGAAAGGGGAGAAGAUCUACCUGUACACACACCUGAAGCAGCAGCCCAUCUGGCACACGCUGAGGUUCUGGAACGCGGCCUUUUUCGACGCUGUCCACUGUGAGAGGAGAAAGCGGUCUCCCACUACCAGAGAGAGGUGGUGCCACAUGACCCAGGAGGAGCGGGACGAUAGCCUGCGGUUCAACGAGAACAUCACCUUCGGGCAGCUGGGCACGUUCACGCACAACAUGCUGGCGUUCGGGCUGAACAAGAAGCUGUGCAACGACUUUCUGAAGAAGCAGGCGGUGAUCGGCAACCUGGACGAGGAGCAGUACAAGCUACUGAGCGACCACAUCGAGCAGAUGGCCGCCGAGUAGGCCUCGGGAGGUGGCCCGAGGCUCCCCCAGGAGGACUGUGGGUGCGCGCCUCCCUCCCGGGCCCACGGCUGGCUGUCACACACACACCCCGCCCCCGCAUGACAUUGGCUGCACCCAGAGCCGCCCCACGCCGCCCUAGAACGAGCGGUUAGAAGAAUCUGGUUGCCUGUUUUCCCUGCCUCCCCUCUGCCUGUGUCUGCUCCCCCAUCUGCGUGCCAAAGUGUCCCUGGGAUUACACAGCUAGCACCGAGGUGACUGUCCAUAUCCCCGAGUGGCAGACCUGCGACGUGGGACCGAGGGGGCGCAGGAGGGAGGAUGCUGGGUCCACAAUGGGCCGGCGUCCAUCGUAGCCUCCUGCGGGAGAGGCUGGGGCGCCCGUGGGAGGGUGGGGCAGGGCAGCUGUGGGGUGGCACACGCCAGUGACACAGGGCAGUCAGGAGGGAUGACCGGGGGCCCCUGGCAGGGUGGGGUUGGGUUCCUCCCACAGUGGGGUUCCUGCUGAGCCGGGACCAAGCAGAGGGGGCGGGGGCCUCUGAGUGUCGGUCCAUGGCUGGUGUGGCUCUUUCCCGGGUCCCCUCUCCGUGCAGCAGGGACUGGAGUCCCAGGAAGCUCCAGGAGGAGAGGGACACCCCCUACUCCAGGACGGGAGAGAGACCGGGGCAGAGGACGUGCUUUCCCGGCUGCAGAAGGCCCGGCCACAGUCAGGGGUGUGGGCGCCGGGAGACGGCACGGCUCCAAGUGGCUGUGUUGGACCCACGUAGCACUCAGGUGUCUGUGUCAGGCCGUCUGAGAUGUUCUCGCUCAGCCAACAGCUUCCUUCUGGAGUGGAGAAGCUUCCGCCCCUUGCUCCCUGGGAGUAGCUUGGGGCUAUCAGUCCCGUGAUGAAGCACAGACAAGAGAAGCUUCUUCAGCAGCUUCAAGACAACCGCCCUUUCUGAAAGCAAACAGUGCUGCUCUUUAUUUCAAAAAAGACAAAAGAAUCUGUGUCAGUGUUACAGGCACCGUGGCAGAGGCCGCUUCUGGCGGUGACUGUGUGAGGCUGGGUAGCGGGGGCUUCGGAGGGUCGGGCCCUCCACCCCGGCCGCCUGGGGAAGCCUGUACCUUCCGCCACCCGAGCCCUUGGACCACUUUCCUGCAGACUCUGCAGACACCCCCUCGCCGUCUCAGGUGCCGGGAAUCGGGGCUCUUCCCCCCAGGUUUGUACCAGGCACAGCUGACCAGCCCGAGGGACCGCAGUCUGGCCAGCAGGCCUCCAGCCUCCCAGCUGCCCUGGCGAGCCCGGCUCCCCCGCCCCAGCCCCAGCUCUUGGGCGCUGACCUUGACGAGGCCAGCGGGGCUCUCUCCUUCUCGCCUUGAUCCUUCGUCCCGUGUGCCUGCUGCACCUCCUCCAGCAUGACAAACAUACGCCUGAUACCCAGCCCUCCAGCCCUCCAAGGUUCCCCUCGUGGGGGAUGCCUCCCUGGAAUGUUCCAGAGCAGAGCGUGCAUUGGUUGAGCCGAGAAACGCACAUCCAGGUGAUCGUAAGAGAGAUGACGGGAAACACGGCAGGACCCGAGCGCGCCGGCGUGAGCUGCUCCUCCAGGAGACCUGGGGGGCUGGGGCCUCAGAAACCCUGCUGUUUUCGCAAUGGCGCGCGUGCAUGCGUGUGUGUGUGUGUGUGUGUGUGUGGUGGUGGCAGCCUCUCUGGCCAUGUCACUAAACAAAGCACAUCUGUGUCGCCAGUUUGCAUAACAUCCAGCUGACUGUGGGCCCCUCCUCCAGUGCCUCCUGAAGAUAAUGCAGCCCCUCCUGAGACGUUCAACCACAACCCCUGGGUGUGCUGUGCUCCCCCCACCCCCCGUAAGAGCAGGGCCACGUGCCCUCGCAGGACUCUCCCGCGGUGGCUGUGUGUCGUUGGCUUUCUUAGUGGUUAGUUGAAAUGCGUUAAGAUUUUAUUCUAAGGUGCCCAAAUGACUUAUCCUUGUACAUAGAAGAUUUUUGUACGGACGUUCUAUCCAGUCUGAUUUCUGGAGGGAGAUAGUAGGUUCUGGGUCUUCCCAGGGUUGCUGGGGAGCUGGCGGCUCUCUCCCCCCAGGGUGGGGCGGGAGGGCCCCUGCAGCCUUGGAAGGAAAUGCAGCUUUGACUUCUUUGGGCUUUUCCAGGCACUUUAACUUCCAGAUGAUCUUGAGACCUUUUUUUUCCAUACAGUCCUCUUGAAAUAGCAGUUGAAGCUAGAAGCAAGGGUUGCUUUGGGUUUUUUCCCCUCCCCUUGUUUGUGUAACUCUAGCUCCUAAGAGUGGAGCCUGACCCCAGAAGUCCUGCCUGUCGCUUUCAGCCCCACGAGGGGACACUGCCGGAGACCGUGGGCCUCGUGGAGUGACCGAUGUCGGGGUGGCUCUGAGGCUGCCCUGCUGUGUCCUGGUGGCGUCUGCCUUUGGCCGAGCAUUUCACCUCGGAGUGUCUGGCCACUGUCACCCGGAGGACGCACGGCGUCCCUAGCAGGAGCCGGCAGCUUGCCUUGCUGACGUUUCCUCUCUCUGUGACACUGUCUUCCCUCCGAGGCCUGCUCAGCGCAGACAGACACAGGGCGGGCCGUCAGGUCCGAGCGUGGAGAAGUCUCACCCCGCCGUACACACAGGAGGCUUUGGAGAAAGCUCUGGUGGCCCUCCUUAUAAACUCAGGACCCUUAGGCUCGGGGCAGGAAGCGUUGGGUCAUGUCCACGAGGAGAGUUUCCAGUCCCGGCAGGUUCAGGGUCCCAAGCCAGGAGCUUCGAAGGCCUGCGUUAGCAGUGGCAUUUCAGUCUCCUGCUGUCUGCCCUUCAGGGCUGUGUGCAUUGUAAUGAGCCAAAACCAGCUAAUUCUCCCAGGUAAAAAGUACUCUGCUUUGGAAAUAGGAUGAUGUCGAGAUGUGGCUUUGUACGUCUUCAGCCUGUGUUGCGGUUUUAGCAAUGUUGUUAAAUGUUUAAGGGCUGUGCUAGUAUUCAGAUCAUAUCAACUGUGUGCGCGCGUUUAAUCAAAGGCAGGAGAACCAAGUUCUGAUAUUGUAAGUUCUUUGUACAGUGAAAGGGAGUAGACCAUGAUUUUCCUAUUGCCAGAAGGGGAAAAAAGCAGACCUAGGAGCUCUUAAGUUGCCAAAAGGAGGGCUGGAGAGAGUCCAAUUGGCGAGUUUUGUGCUCCAGUGAAACCCGGGACGGUCAGGGUCACGGGCAAGCCCCACGCUGGGUUUAGGGCAGAGACCCAGGACUGGAGUCAGAGGUGCCGCCUGACCUUUCUCUUUCCUCCUUCCCGGGAGAUGGAACCAGUGGAACCUGUACUCACCUCCCCCUGCCCAGUUAGACGGUGAAGUUCAUUGCUGUGGAGAGAAGGUGGCAGCCUUGAGGCUUGCUUUUCCGUCUGCUGUUUUAAGUGGGUUAAUUUCUCACCCAGAGUACUUGGUAUUGCAGCCUCCCAGUGUGAGAAGCGCAGUGUUCACGCCACAGAGGGGCUUGCGAGGAGUUUUGUUGAACCCAGGUGACCGUGACCAGCAGUCAGGGCUGCAGCUACAAGCCUGACCUUCCUGGGCGUUGCUGCACCCCGAUGAGUUGGCUUUCCAGGAGGACCCCAGCAGGUCGGUGCGGUUAGGUCAGCUGUACGGCCAAAUCACCUACAGCUGCGGCAGCUGGGCAGCCAGGGGCCUGAGUCAUUUGCCAGAACAGUUAGGGAGCUUGGGAAGCGGGGAAGGGCCCAGCACCAGCCUCGGGGGAGGGGGAGUAGCCGGGCGGUCCCAGGCUGGUCACCCCCUGGCCACUCUCUUCCUCAGCCACAAGCAGAGCUGCGGGGCUGGGGGCCCACGGCCCCUCGGUCCCGGGGUUCUUCUCGCAGCGCCCCACCCACCCCGGCCUUUUAGUUUCCUUGAACCACUGUUCCAGCCACUCAGCCAUCUCUCCGUCUUCCUGCAAAUCACUGAUCCCUUUUUACGAUUCUUGAGGGUGAGUUUCGCUAGGAAAGCCUUUGAAGCUGAGUUCAUACAGGGGAAUGGCAUCGGUGACGAGUACCCCCUAACUGGCUGGUGUGCGACGUUCAGACCUGGGCUGGAGUCAGGCCUUAGUCAAGUCACGUGUCCCAGUACGUCCUUGUCGCCCGGCGGCCGGGAACAGGCCUGUGUGGGUUCUCCAGAUGGUUCCCACCCAGGAGCACCCUCAACGCCAAGACCCUCCGCGUGGCCGGCCCCCCCGGCCUCGUCCUGCCACCAUCUCCCUGCAGUCCCUCCCCAGCAAGCACCUCGGCCGGCCGGCCCACCUUAUCCCUCGGUGUCCUGGCACUGGCCUGUGUCCCUGAGUUGGCUGGUCUGUCUGCGCUUGAGAUGAGUGAAGGGUUGCGGGGGGAACGUUCCCCCUGGCUGUGUCCCCAGGAGUCAAGGGGACACUGCUCCUGCUCCAGAGUUCUUGGUUACUGUUGGAGAAGGAACACCUCGUCAUUUCCAAGAGUGAGUCAGGACGGUCUGGGUUUGCCCGUCUUCCCGUCACUUCCCGCAGGACCUCUGUGCAGGCAGGGGUGACCCUGCAUCCUCGCUUGUCCUGCAGGGUCAGACCGGGGCGCUGUCGCUCGGCGCCCUCCUGAGCAGCACCGACGGGGUCGCUGAGCUGGAAGGAGGGCUCCUGCUGGUGACGCCCCUCGGACCCUGGGGGGCUGUGCUUGUCCCCACCUUGGUCCUGGAUGGCGCACUCGCGAAAAUGAAAGGGAAGUAGUGCUCAGCAGGCCCUGUUCCAACACACAGGCUGCAUAUGUGGGCCCUGAUCUGUCCCUGUGCUGGAGGCUUGCUUAGGUUCCCGUGGAUGCCUUGAGAUGGACGGGCUGAUCAUUUGAACAGUAGGAAAGGCUCGAACUCAAAUGGCAGGUACCUCCCCUUAAGACGUGUCAGCUUGAGAGCUUCAUGGUUCUAACUGUGGCCUCUGGGGCUUCAGGAGGGUCUCCCACGUGCAUCCCCUGUUUCUCUCCCACCCGUUGGUCUCGGACCUGAAUUUGCCUUGGCCAUAUCCACGCAUUGCCCUUAGUGGCCCAGAAGUCGGGGUCUGUGAUGCAGGUGUGUUAUAUGUACACUUACGCAGUUUCGUGUCCCACGAGGCGUUGUUCUACAAACUGUGUUUUCAGGUAGAGAAAGUUUCAAGGUCGAGCUCUCAGAACAGUGCUAAAAUCAAAUCAAAGCUGUUUCCUGUGAAAAAAAAAAAAAAACCGUCUAUAUAUUUCACCUCAGAUUGUCAGAA